CCCUGCCCGGGGAGGCAAGUGCCAGCUCUUGUGGCCAGCAUUUACCAGCAGCUGGCAUCAGUCCAUCACUCUGAGCCCUGGGGCUGCAACCUGAUGGGGGCCAGUGGGUUCUCCAGGGACGCCUAGAGUGCAAGCUUAAUGGGCAAGAGAUGAUGCUGAUGAGAAUUGCUUCUGUACCCUGGGGCUUUUCUUAUUUGUGUUGACGGACAGAAGACCAUGGUUAGUAGGUGACCGCAUGUACCCGCCUCCAAGAGGGUUCUCGCCUCUGGUUCCUAUUUCACCAAGAGAGAUCUUUUAGAUGUGCCAAUGGCUGACCAAAGAAUGGACAUUACUUCAACUAUCAACGACUUCAUCUCUCCGGGUCCCACCGACCUCCUCUCCAGCUCGCUCAGCACUGGGGGAAUGGAGUGUAACCGCAAGAGGAAAGGGAGCCUUACAGAUUAUCAGCUUGAUGGCUUUUCAUUCGAUCACGGAGAAGGCAUGGAUACAGACAAGGACGAUCCUCAUGGGAUGCUGGAAUACGCGGAAGGCCGGAUUAAGAAUGCACGGGAGGCUCACAGUCAGAUCGAGAAGCGACGCAGGGAUAAAAUGAACAGCUUCAUCGAUGAGCUGGCAUCUUUAGUGCCCACGUGUAACGCCAUGUCUCGGAAGCUGGACAAGCUGACCGUGCUGCGGAUGGCGGUGCAACACAUGAAAACUCUACGAGGUGCUACAAAUCCAUACACAGAAGCAAACUACAAACCAACAUUUCUAUCAGAUGAUGAGCUGAAGCACUUGAUUCUCAGGGCAGCGGACGGGUUCCUCUUUGUGGUUGGCUGCGACAGGGGGAAAAUCCUGUUUGUUUCAGAAUCCGUUUUCAAGAUUCUCAAUUACAGCCAGAACGACCUGAUCGGACAAAGUUUGUUUGAUUAUCUACAUCCGAAAGACAUUGCCAAAGUGAAGGAGCAGCUGUCGUCCUCGGACACCGCUCCUCGGGAGAGGCUCAUCGAUGCAAAAACUGGGCUCCCCGUCAAGACUGACAUUACCCCCGGACCAUCGCGGCUGUGCUCGGGGGCCAGGCGGUCGUUUUUUUGCAGGAUGAAGUGUAAUCGACCUUCAGUCAAAGUAGAAGACAAAGAUUUCCCUUCAAACUGCUCGAAAAAAAAAGGAGACAGGAAAAGCUUUUGCACUAUACAUAGCACUGGAUAUUUAAAGAGCUGGCCGCCGACAAAAAUGGGCCUGGAUGAGGAUAACGAGCCAGACAGCGAGGGCUGUAAUCUUAGCUGCCUUGUCGCCAUCGGGCGUCUGCACCCGCACAUAGUACCGCAGCCUGCCAACGGGGAGAUCAAAGUGAAAUCCACAGAGUAUGUCUCGCGGCACGCCAUCGACGGCAAAUUUGUGUUUGUAGAUCAGAGGGCAACUGCAAUUUUAGGGUAUUUACCGCAAGAACUAUUAGGGACAUCUUGUUACGAAUAUUUCCAUCAAGACGACAUUGGGAACCUCGCCGAGUGCCAUAGACAAGUGUUACAGAGCAGAGAAAAAAUAACAACGAAUUGUUUCAAGUUUAAAAUCAAAGAUGGUUCAUUCAUUACCCUGAAAAGUCGCUGGUUCAGUUUUAUGAACCCGUGGACCAAAGAAGUGGAAUAUAUCGUCUCUACCAACACUGUUGUAUCAACAAACGUAAUUGAAAGCGGAGAUUCUGCCUUUUCCCAGCUGACGGCCUCCCCGCUCACCAUGGACAGUGUCCUGCAGUCAGGAGAAGGUGGCGCAAAGCGGUCCCAUCCGACAGUGCCAGGUAUUCCAGGGGGAACGAGAGCGGGUGCCGGAAAGAUUGGCAGAAUGAUUGCUGAAGAGAUUAUGGAAAUUCACAGAAUACGAGGCUCCUCGCCGUCAAGCUGCGGGUCCAGUCCGCUUAACAUCACCAGUACCCCCCCUCCGGACACCUCCUCCCCUGGAGCCAAAAAGAUUUUAAAUGGUGGCACCAUGGACCUCUCAAGUUCCGGAUUAGGAGGCGGACAGAUCCAGGACAAUUCCGGCUUUCCGUAUUCAGACGGCUCCUCCAUGCUUGGUGAGAAUUCACAAAUGGGAAUUGAUAUGAUAGAACCGGACCACGGCUCGAGCAGUCCCAGCAACGAUGAAGCAGCAAUGGCCGUAAUUAUGAGUCUGCUGGAAGCAGAUGCAGGACUUGGCGGCCCAGUGGAUUUCAGUGACUUACCCUGGCCGUUGUGAGUUAGCCUGGUCUGACACCACAAGAGUGACAAAGUGCAUUAUGGGAGCUACGACGACUCAGUGCCACUUGGGCCUGCAAAUCCUCGCUGUGGGGUGCGCACUCUACCGCCAAUGAAGAUGACGCAAGAUCGCUUUUCUGUCUAAACUGUUAAAGCCAUAUCAGAUCACCGCGCUCCAGUGUUAGAAUCCGCUCCAGUGAUGUAUAGAGCUUUGCAUUCAUUGUAUAUUUUGAAAUCUUUUUUAAAAAAAAAAACACGAAAAAAGUCAUUGUGCAAAUAGGCACCCGUGUCGGCAGAUCAUCAUUUCAGACAGAUGUUGUGUGUACACUACAGAGCUCCCCCAAUGGAUAUUUCUUAUUACUUGUAUAAAAGAUGUUUUAUUGUAAGAAUCCUCUAUGCUAUACAUGGUAGUGUCAUAGUUACAUAUUUUUUAAAUAAAUUGUUUAAUUGUUCUACA